GAUGUUCCAGACCGCACUUCAAAUCUCACGUGCAUAAUCCCUGUGAAUCUGCCAAAUCAUCCGGUGUAUACAAUCUGCCUGAUCUCAACAAAAAUGUGUACUGCGAAAUGACGAAUAUGGGCGGUGGUUGGCUAACGGUUCAGUAUCGCAGCGAUAGUAAGCUUAGCUUCAGUCGUAGCUGGGUUGCAUAUCGGAAUGGAUUCGGAGGUCCUGACGCGGAUAACUACUGGCUCGGUCUAGAUCCGCUGCAUCAGCUCACAACCAGUGGGCAGUACGAGUUGGCUAUCGAGAUGGUGAACACUAACUCAACAUACAGAUAUGCUCGAUAUGCCCACUUUCAUGUAGCUGAUGAGAGCGAACAGUACAAACUUACAGUCCAUGGCUUUUCGGGAACAUUACCAGACAAAUUGAGCCUCCACAACAAUUUGUACUUCUAUACCCAUGACAGGGAUAACUCGGAACGAUGUGUAAAGCAAUUUCCUAGUGGGUGGUGGCUUACCUCCAAGGGUUCAGUUUGUUAUGAAACAAACCUAAACCUGGAUUACAGUAAAAUCUAUUGGAGAGAUUGGCAUCACAAAGCAAGUAAAACUCGAAUGAUGAUUCGUCGUAGAAAGUACUAAAUUUAUUAUUUUCUCUCAAAAAGUAUGAAAAAAUAAAUCACAAUUGGAAUCAGUAA